CCACACCUAGCUUGAUUGAUAAACUUCUAAGCAGGCACAUAGUCUCUUGUUGCAGGCCUCUGAAGAUUGAACAAGUUUUUUCCUCUUCAAAACAGCAUAGGAAGAUAUGGGUUUGGUGAUAUCUAGGCUUCUGAAGAUGCUCUUUGCAAAGAGAGAAAUGAGGAUUCUGAUGGUGGGUCUGGAUGCAGCAGGGAAAACAACCAUCUUGUACAAGCUAAAACUUGGGGAGAUUGUUACUACUAUUCCAACCAUUGGUUUCAAUGUGGAAACUGUUGAAUACAAAAAUGUUAGCUUCACUGUGUGGGAUGUAGGAGGACAACACAAGAUUCGGCCUUUAUGGAGACACUACUUUCAGAACACUCAGGGUCUUAUAUUUGUAGUUGAUAGUAACGACAGAGAAAGAAUCUUAGAAGCAAAAGACGAGCUUCAUCGGAUGCUGAGUGAGGAUGAACUACGUGAUGCAACACUGCUUGUGUUUGCUAAUAAGCAAGAUCUCCCAAAUGCCAUGAGCGUUUCUGAAAUCACUGACAAAAUGGGCCUGCAUUCGCUGCGUCAGCGCCGCUGGUACAUCCAGAGCACUUGUGCCACAUCCGGGCAAGGACUCUAUGAAGGUCUUGAUUGGCUAUCCAGCAACAUUUCUAGCAAGGCAAGAUAAGCAAGGCUCUUCUGAGGCAUAACUCAAACUGCCACCAGAACUCUGGGCUCCUUCUCCCAGAUCCCUUUUACUCAAAAGGUUACCUACUGAAAAAAAGAGACAUGGAUAUCUACUAUGAGUGCUUGUAACCAUACUUUAUGUGCCCAUGUGAUUAACAUUAUACAAGUUUAGGGCUUAUAGCCCCUGAUUCUACAUCAUCAGACAGAAUGAUGAUCAUGAUUCUAAAGCAGCUGUUAUAAGUUAUAACAUUACUAACAAAGUAAUGAUCUUCAAUAAUGUGAGUUGUACUCUUGAUUUGUUUU